UCUCUGGGAAAAGGAUACCCCUUUUCCGAUAUAUCACCAACAAAACAUCAAGGCUAUCAACUAAAGCUGUACAGGUCGGAUGGGAUCGAGGGCUACAAACAUCCCUAUAUGUCAUAUCAGUUGGGCUUGGCACACCAGCCAAGACACAGAUCGUAGAGAUAGACACCGGGAGCUCCACAUCCUGGGUCUUCUGCGAGUGCGACGGCUGCCACACCAACCCCCGAACAUUUCUGCAGUCAAGGUCUACCACAUGUGCCAAGGUGUCCUGUGGCACUUCCAUGUGCUUGCUUGGAGGCAGUGAUCCCCACUGCCAAGAUUCAGAGAACUAUCCUGACUGCCCAUUCCGUGUUUCAUAUCAAGAUGGAUCGGCCUCCUAUGGCAUUCUGUACCAGGACACCCUGACAUUCUCUGAUGUUCAGAAGAUCCCCGGCUUCUCGUUCGGCUGCAACAUGGACAGCUUCGGCGCCAACGAAUUCGGCAAUGUGGAUGGGUUACUCGGGAUGGGUGCUGGCCCAAUGUCCGUGCUGAAGCAAAGCUCACCGACAUUCGACUGCUUCUCCUACUGCCUGCCGCUGCAGAAGAGCGAGAGGGGAUUCUUCAGCAAGACCACAGGCUAUUUCAGCUUGGGCAAAGUCGCAACAAGAACAGAUGUCAGGUACACGAAGAUGGUCGCACGCAAGAAAAACACAGAAUUGUUCUUCGUUGAUCUCACCGCGAUCUCUGUCGAUGGAGAGAGGCUCGGCUUGUCGCCGAGCGUCUUCAGUCGAAAGGGCGUCGUGUUCGACUCAGGUUCAGAGCUGUCCUACAUCCCAGACCGUGCGUUGUCCGUGCUGAGCCAGCGGAUUCGCGAGCUGCUGCUGAAACGCGGGGCGGCGGAGGAGGAGAGCGAGCGCAACUGCUACGACAUGAGGAGUGUUGAUGAGGGGGACAUGCCAGCCAUAUCCCUGCACUUCGAUGAUGGAGCUCGGUUCGAUCUCGGCAGCCAUGGCGUGUUCGUCGAGAGAUCGGUGCAGGAGCAGGACGUGUGGUGCCUGGCGUUUGCGCCGACUGAAUCUGUCUCCAUUAUAGGAAGCCUGAUGCAGACUUCCAAGGAGGUUGUGUAUGACUUGAAAAGGCAGCUGAUUGGCAUUGGACCAUCAGGAGCUUGUUAGUUAGUUAUUGGGUUGUGUGUGUGUAUAUAUAUAUAUAUAGAGUAGCUCUAUUGUACACCCCUCCCUUAGAAUAACUAUUCUACA